GCAGUAUAUAAGCGAUGACAUGUAUAUAUCUGAUGAGUUUGGUACGUACGUAGUUGAUUGGGUUCAGUCAGUUACGAUUCAUUCAUUCACUUCAUCAUCAUCAUCAUCAUCAUCAUAGUCAUAGGUUAGAAUUGGAAAGUUAUUAUUCAUUUUGAUUGAAUCGAAGAUUUUUGAGAAUGGACCACAGCGCAGAUGCACAACGCACAGAUUUGAUGACCAUAACACGUUUCGUUUUGAACGAACAGUCUAAGUACCCUGAAUCACGCGGUGAUUUCACCAUCUUGCUCAGUCACAUUGUUCUUGGCUGCAAAUUCGUUUGCUCUGCUGUUAACAAGGCUGGUCUUGCUAAGCUCAUUGGACUUGCUGGAGAAACCAAUGUUCAGGGUGAAGAACAGAAGAAGCUGGAUGUUCUUUCCAAUGAGGUGUUCUGCAAGGCUUUGAUAAGCAGUGGUAGAACUAGCAUCUUGGUCUCUGAAGAAGAUGAGGAUGCAAUAUUUGUGCAGCCUUCACUGCGUGGAAAGUAUUGUGUUGUUUUUGAUCCAUUGGAUGGCUCCUCCAACAUUGAUUGUGGUGUUUCCAUUGGAACUAUUUUUGGGAUUUAUAUGAUGAAUGAUAACCAUGAACCAAUCAUAGAAGAUGUUCUGCAACCAGGGAAGAACAUGUUGGCAGCUGGUUAUUGCAUGUAUGGAAGCUCUUGCACGUUUGUGAUAACCACUGGCAGUGGUGUUAAUGGUUUCACCCUUGACCCUUCUCUUGGCGAGUUCAUCUUAACUCACCCUGAUAUUAAGAUUCCAAAGAAAGGCAAGAUUUAUUCAGUGAAUGAAGGGAAUGCCAAGAAUUGGGAUGGCCCUACUGCCUCUUAUGUGGAGAAAUGCAAAUUCCCAACUGAUGGUUCACCAGCAAAGUCUCUAAGAUAUAUCGGAAGCAUGGUAGCUGAUGUUCAUCGUACAUUGCUUUAUGGAGGUACAUUUUUGUACCCUGCUGACAAAAAGAGUCCAAAUGGAAAACUUCGUGUAUUGUAUGAAGUCUUCCCAAUGUCCUUCUUGAUGGAACAGGCAGGAGGACAGGCUUUCACCGGCAAGGAAAGGGCACUUGAUUUAGUUCCAACAAAGUUGCAUGAAAGAUCUCCCAUAUUUCUUGGUAGCUAUGAUGAUAUCGAGGAAAUCAAAGCUCUUUAUGCUGCAGAAGAGGGCAAAUAAGAGGAACCUGAAAAAAGCUUCCUUCUGUUUUUCACUACUUGCAAGCAUUUAUGCAAUUGUUAGGCUAACAAGUGCCUAUAACAAUUAAAACUUGUUUACCUCUUAUCAUGUAUAUGUUAUAAGAAAACUUGUUGAUGUG